CGCCCCCGAGCAGCGCGGAGCGAAGGCUGAGAGUGGCCGUGCGCCGCCGCCAUGGUGUUGAACCCGGUUCUGGGGAAGCUGGUCAGCAAGCGGGUGGUGCUGGCCAGCGCCUCGCCGCGCCGGCAGGAGAUCCUCACCAACGUGGGCCUCCGGUUUGAGGUGGUUCCAUCCUGGUUUAAGGAGACACUAGAAAAGUCAUCUUUUACAGCCCCUUACGAGUAUGCUGUGGAAACAGCAAAACAGAAAGCUCUUGAAGUAGCAAACAGAAUGCAUUUAAAGCAUAUGAGAACACCUGAUGUUGUCAUAGGAGCAGACACUAUUGUGUCUGUGGAUAAGCAGAUCCUGGAGAAACCAGUUGAUAAGCAAGAUGCUUACAGGAUGCUAUCCAGGUUAAAUGGGAAAGAGCACAGUGUUUUCACAGGAGUGGCUAUUAUACACUGCCACAGUAAAGACAAUCAGCUAGAGAUGGAAGUCACUGAUUUCUAUGAAGAGACUAAAGUAAAAUUUUCUGAGCUGUCUGAAGAGCUCUUAUGGGAGUACAUUCACAGUGGAGAGCCAAUGGACAAGGCUGGUGGAUAUGGUAUCCAGGCCCUUGGUGGAAUGUUAGUUGAGUAUGUCCAUGGAGACUUCUUGAAUGUGGUGGGAUUUCCUCUGAAUCACUUCUGCAAAAAGCUGGCAGAAUUGUACUAUCCACCCUCUAAACAUAACAUACAACAUAAAAAGUAUGACUCUAUCCCUUCUGUGGACACUUUUGAGAACCUCAGUGAUGGAGAAUCUUCAAAUUUCACAGAGCACAAAGUUGCUAGUAAGUUGGACCACAGUGGGAUGCAUUCCUCAGGAGCUGCUUACACUUCUGAAAACACUUCUGCUGUCAGAACUGGUUUUACAGUACCUUUGGAAAAUCAGAAUGGAGUGUCACAGAGUGCACCAAAACUUCCAUCCAAAAUUCUAGAGCUGAUGGAUGGUUUUAGAGCUUCAAAGGCUCUGUUUGUAGCCUCUAAGCUGAAGAUAUUUGAUCAUCUCAAACAUAAAGGUCCAACGAAGGCUGUGGAUAUUGCAAAUGAUGUUGGAGCCUCUGUAUGUGGAACUGAAAGACUCCUUGAUGCAUGUGCUUCUCUUGGAUUACUGGAGAAAACACCACAAGGUUACAGUAAUACAGACUCAGCAAAUACCUACCUGACCUCAGAUGGUAAAUAUUCACUGCAUGGCUACAUUAUCCAUUCUAAUGACCACCUUUGGCCUCUCUUCACAAACUUGGAGUUUGCUGUCAAAGAAGGGAGCAGGCAGAAUCAUCGAGCCUUUGGAAAGAAAGCAGAUGAUCUAUUUAAGGACUAUUAUCACAGCCAGGAAGUAAAGCAACGUUUUAUGGCUGCCAUGCACAGCAUUGCUCGCCUGACAGCAAGAGAUGUGGCUACAGCAUUUGAUCUUUCACAGUUUAAAUCUGCUUGUGAUUUAGGAGGUUGCACUGGAGCUCUGGCUUAUGAAUUAGUACAAGUAUACCCAAAUCUCAAGGUCACAGUAUUCGACCUUCCAGAAGUCAUUGCAAACACCUCUUACUUUCAGCCUUCAGGACAGCACACUGCUCCAGUAACAUUUGUGUCAGGUGACUUCUUCAAGGAUAAUCUUCCAGAAGCAGAUCUUUACAUCCUUUCACGUGUUCUUCAUGACUGGCCUGAUGAAAAGAUACACGUGCUGUUAAGCAAGAUAUCAGCUGUUUGCAAACCAGGAAGUGCCUUGCUAGUGGCAGAAACUGUGCUUGAUGAACAGAAGAUGCACCCUUCAGUAGCUGUGCUACAAUCCCUCAGUAUGACUGAAGGCAAGCAGAGAAGCAGCUCAGAAUAUAAACAGCUACUGGAGAAAUACGGAUUCACAGAUGUACAAAUUAAGAUCACAGGAAACUUAUUAGAUGCUGUUCUGUGCUUCAAGAAGAAUCUGUCACUGUAGUGUGCCCACAACCAAUCUGGAAUGCUGAAUUUUCUCCCCUUGUGCAAUAUACCCAUUAUCAACCAACUUGUUUUGGCAGCUGAGGAUCAUUUUGGCCCUUUGUCUGAAGCCUAGCUGUUACAGGCUCUGGAUACAAGCUGGAGUGCAGCUUCUGCCACAGUGAAUUCUGUGCAUUUUAAAAAGUGUCUGGGGCAGGCUGAAACACCUGCAUGUGAAAUACCUUAAUGUCCAGUUCUUCUGUAUACUGUAUUAAGCUUAGACUUGGCAUAGCUGUGUAUAGCAUGUCAGGUUAAAACUGCAGACUAGUACUGAGCUACAUCAAUGUCUUAGUUUUCUUGGGCCAUAAAAUUAAAGAGAGUUCUCCUUCUGCAGUGUAUUCAGUGGUUAUUACUAAUUUUUAUCAAAAAUAAAAAAAUUAAUAUUGUACCAUCUGCCUGAA